AUGUCUCAUAGUAUCCAAAAGAAUGGCAUCCAAGCUGAGGCCACAACUCCUGACUCCAGCUCACUAUCUCCAUCAUCUAAGAAGACGUCUCUCCGGCUUCGAAUUCGAGAGAUAGUAUGGGACAGCUUGGACCGCUCACCAGAAGAGCGGAGAUUAAUCUUCAAACUUGACAUAUUCAUACUCAUAAACAGCACAUGGGCAGGCUUUACCUAUUUCUCCAAGAAUCUCAACUCCAACAAUGUCUCAAACGCCUACGUUUCCGGCAUGAAAGAGGACCUCCAUGUCGUGGGAAAUGAAUACCAAACCUUCACUACAAUGUGGACAAUUGGUUACGUGCUAAGCCAAAUCCCUUCUCAAAUAAUCAUCACUCGUAUUCGGCCUUCCAUCUGGUGUCCAACCUGGGAGUUGAUCUGGGUUCUGGUCACAUUUGCAACUGCUGCUGUAAAAACUCCUCAUCAUCUUUACGCCUGCCGAUUUUUCGUAGGGUUCGCGGAAGGAACAUUCUAUCCUGCUGUUCAUACGAUUCUGGGAGGGUGGUAUACGAAAAGAGAGCUGGCUAAACGGGCUUCUAUCUUCUUCGCUUCUGCGUUUGUGGGGUCGAUGUUCAGUGGGUAUUUACAGGCUGCGCUGUAUAAGGGUAUGAAUGGAACCGGUGGUUUGGAGGGCUGGAGAUGGUUGUUCAUCUUUGACGGGAUCAUCACUUUUCCCAUGGCCUUGUGGGGUUUGUUUCUACACUUGAAGGGAAAGCUGGAUGCUAAUUUCUUCUUAGCAUAUUAUGCCCUUCCGGACCUUCCAAGCAACACUCGGGUACGUUGGUUAACCCAAGAAGAGAAACAAUUGGCUCGGCAACGAAUGAUAGAUGCAGGAAAAGGGCAAGACGAGCCUUUCACCUGGGUCGGCAUCAGGAGAGUCCUCUGGAAGUGGCAUUUCUGGGUCUACACAACAUACUACACGUUCUUCAUCUGCAGCGAAAACAUCGGACUAUACAUGAACCUCUGGCUCAAAUCCCUCAAACACUACUCGGUCCCCCAAGUCAACACCUACCCCACGGUAAUAAACGCCAUCACAAUCGUCACCACCCUCUCCUACGGCUGGACAUCCGACGCCCUGCAACUCCGCGCUCCCAUCGUCUACUUCUCACUCACCGUCUGCCUCUUCGCGGCCCUCAACCUCGCAAUCUGGGACGGCGUCCCCUUCGGCCUGAAAUGGGCUUCCUUCUACCUAACGGGCUUUGCGCAAGGCUCUGGUCCCAUAUUCCUCACCAUGGUGAAUGAAAUGUGCGCCGGCGAUACGCUGGAGAGGAAGUUCAUCCUAGGCACGACGAAUUCGGUGGCUUAUGCUUUUAAUGCGUGGAUCCCGCUGCUGACGUAUAACACGACGAAGGCGCCGAGGUUUAUGCUGGGGAAUUCGGUUACGGUGGGGUUAAUUGUUUGUGCGGCUGUGACGCUGACGGUUGCUGUGGUGCUGCAGAGGAGAGAUGCUAAGAAUGAGAGCGAUUCCGAGAGCACGGGAGGUGAGGAUGGUGUUGUAAGAGCGUGGACACCGAAGACCCGGGUAUGA